AUGGCCUACGAGGACGACAUCGAGCCCAUCGCCGACUCUGGGCCCGCCAUCGGCGCACCCUCGUCGACCUCGCUGGGAAAGCGCACCAGGAGCGACGACGAGGUCGCAGAGGCAGACCAACAGGCCCUCCGCAACUCUCGCCUCUCGCCAGAGCCAGACGAGGAUCUCGACACCACCGAGGCAAAGCAUCAGGUAUGGCUCGUCAAGGUCCCCAAGUUCCUGAUCCAGGCGUGGAGCAGCAUCAAAAAGGACGACCUCAGGCUCGGCACCGUCAGGGUCUACGAUCCUGACCACACGGGCCACCAGCGCAUGGAGCUGCUGCUACCCGAGCCGCCGCAGCCCGCCAUCCCCUCGGACGGUGCGCCCAACAAGACGGCGCAGUGGAACAAGAUCCCUCGCGCCUACGACCUCAAGCUCACCUCGGACUCGGUCUCGACCGUCAAGCGCAACCUGUACGCGUUCAAGGAAAAGUUUGAAGAAGAGACGCCAUCGACGUCCAAGCUCGAAGACGACGCCUCGCCGGAAGAGGCGAGAAGGAGGAGAGGCAAGGGAAGGCGCACGACGGCGCUGUGCGGGACCAUCACCAACGAGGCUUCGCUGCAGCCACAGAUCCGGAGCUCGUCGUCGUCGUCGGACCGCAAGCCGGGCUCAUUGGGCAGCGGCUUCAUGUCCGGAGCGGGCAUCUCGGAAGAGUACCGCGAGCUGCUGCGCAAGCGGCGCGAGGAGGCGUCCAAGCCCAAGCGGACGAUCAAGAUGCUCGACCAGACGGAUGCGGGGCGCGCCAACAUGCUCGUCGCGGGCGUGGGCUCGGGCCACCAGGCGAGCAAGUCGCGCUUCAACCAGAUGAUCGCCAAGCCGUCCAAGGGCUCUUCGUCGUCGUCGUCGGGCGGCGGUGGAGCGGGCGGGACGGAAAAGUUUGCGCGCAUCCCGCGCAACGAGCUGCUCGACGUGCUGUUUGGGCUGUUUGAAAAGUGGCAGUACUGGAGCCUCAAGAAGCUGCGCGCCGAGACGCAGCAGCCCGAGAGCUACCUGCGCGAUGUGCUCGGCAGCAUCGCCGACCUGCACAAGCGCGGUCCGUACGUGGGCAACUAUAGCCUCAAGCCCGAGUUUAGCAACGCCAGGAAGGAGGAGGAGAGGAAGAGGGACGAAGAGGAGCAGAGGAAGAGGCAGCAGGAGGACGAGGAAAAGAAGAAGAGGGACGAGCAAUCGGCCAAAGCGGGCGGUGGCGGUGGCGGUGGCGGUGGUGGAGACGAUGAUGAUGAUGAUGAUGACGAUGACGACGAUGACGACGAUGAUGAUGAGGAGGAUUUCGACGAUGUCGUCUGA